AGAUAGAAAUCAGUCAUUCUAACCCCGAACCCCUCUGGCGGGAAAUCCCAUACCCCCGUCCCCCCACGGCUUUCGAAAUGUCGAGUUUCCCCGAAUUAUCCUCUUUGUUUGCGACCAUGGCGUCGUCUCUCCAAAAUCUAGAUCCAAUGAAUGGAAAUGAUGAUCCAAAUCUCGCCCUCUCAAUCUCAAAUCUGAAUCGUUCACUCAACUUGAGCGAAACCCCUGGGGUUCGAGUUCUGGAUGCUGCACUUUCUCUCAUGUGCUACACUGGUCCACAGGUUUAUGAUUCAGUGAUUGAAUACACUGGGAGAACGAUUGCUACUGUUCUAACGUCGUCAAUCGGCUGCAAGUUGUUCAGAAUUAAUGAGGAGGAGGUUUUGAGAGUCGGUGGAUCGAUUUCCAGUCGAGAUUGUGUGAAAAUUGUUGAAGCGUGUGCUGAGGUAUUGGAAAAUUUACACGGGCAUAAAGGUCAUCAUACUUGCUCUCUCUCUGUUUUUUACUUGGUUGGGGGUGAGCUAACCCUUCCAAACGUCAGAUUUGAUAAAAAUGGUUGUCUUGAAAGUAUUUUGCUUGUGGGUUGUGAAAAUUUUGCCUCGACCAAAGAGAAAUGGAGGGAGGGAAAUCAGGAAGGAGCUGUAGAAGUUUUGGGCUUACCCCAAUCAUUUGUUUGCAAGACUUUAUUUCUUGAUUUGGACGAGUUGUUACUGACUCGAGAAGUGCGGGCUAAGCUCUUGUGUAGUUGCCGCGCAUUCUGCUCUGUCGUAGAUGUAGCCACGAUAGACUGCAGUUUCAAAACCCAACUUACAGCUCCUCCAGUAAGAGUAAACACAUAUCCUAUGGUGGACUUGCUUUUGUCAAGAUCACCUAUUAUAGCAAACAUCAAGCUACCCACUGCAGAUGUAUACGGUACUCGAGAUAUCUCAAUCCUCUCUGCUUCAUUGCUAGGACUCAUACUUGAGGAUAACUUGAAAUUAAUAGAAAAUGGGGUAGAAAUUCGCUUACAAUCUUGCAUAUUGAAGCGAUGCAAGAUUUUUUUUCUUCAAUCUUCAAUAAGAUCUUUGUUGGGGCUUGCUACCAAUAUGUCGUCAACAUACAACAGCAGAAUAAUGAAAUCAUUAUCUCCAAAUCUCAUGUAUUAUGCACACGGAUCUGAACUGAGUCUGUUUGCUAUCAUUUUCUUUUUCUUGUACCUUGCCUUUUGCAAAUAUCACAUCUUUGCUGAUUAUCACCUUGAUGGCAGUGGGAUCCCACAGGUGAUUUUGACUGCUUUUGCCCAGAAUGACUUGGCUAGCCCCGCAGUUCUCAACAUUGCCUUUGUUCUUUCUAACAAUGUUCUGUUCAUCCGCUCUGCUACUUCAUUUUGCUGUGGAGUCUAUCUUUUCUGCUUUCAUCACUACAAGCGAGCCUUUGAUUAUCUUCAUGACCCCAUCUUGUUGCUCUUGUGGUAUCUUGAUCCAAUGAUUUUGAAGCAAGAUGUGUCACAAAUUUUGCAAGAGGUUAUUAGAAGACCUUUUCUUUGUUUGAGCAAAGAAAUCUAUGAAAGGAUUGAAUGGCGUUCAAGAUUAAUAUGCCUGGUCAUAUCUCCUUCAUUGUUUAUUGAGACAAGGGCCUUGUUACACAACUGGUUUCUUCUAACGGGUAUGACUUCUGUGCUAGAGCUUCUGACCCAUCUUGUUGCACAAGUGCUAGAUAUAAUUUCCAGACCGAUGUGGUGGGGCAUAUCCAUGGAAGUUGGAUCAAAACUCCCCUUUUCUCAUGCUUAUUUUCCCUAUGAGCAUAAGUUGUUGCAGAUUUUAGCUGGACCCAAGUCACUGGACUUACAAUCAACUCCUGCUCUUGAUACAAACUUUAGCGGCAAGACGUCUUUGCUUGCCAGGUUAACUUGCCAUUUGCCAAAUGAAAUCAACGUUAAGAAUGGAGAAGUACCAUUAAGGUUGCUCUUGUGGUAUCUUGAUCCAAUGAUUUUGAAGCAAGAUGUGUCACAAAUUUUGCAAGAGGUUAUUAGAAGACCUUUUCUUUGUUUGAGCAAAGAAAUCUAUGAAAGGAUUGAAUGGCGUUCAAGAUUAAUAUGCCUGGUCAUAUCUCCUUCAUUGUUUAUUGAGACAAGGGCCUUGUUACACAACUGGUUUCUUCUAACGGGUAUGACUUCUGUGCUAGAGCUUCUGACCCAUCUUGUUGCACAAGUGCUAGAUAUAAUUUCCAGACCGAUGUGGUGGGGCAUAUCCAUGGAAGUUGGAUCAAAACUCCCCUUUUCUCAUGCUUAUUUUCCUUAUGAGCAUAAGUUGUUGCAGAUUUUAGCUGGACCCAAGUCACUGGAAAAUUUUCAUCAUUUAGUUUAUAAAAUUAAUGGAUCUCUUUCUCAUUCUAGAGGUCAUUGGGACGCGACUUCAAAGAAUGCUGCAACAAUGAUCAAAAUGGUGGACUUAAAAUCCAUAUGGUGCUUGACAUUGAACUUCCUGGAUUGGUUCUUUUUUGCAUCUGUCUUGCUCUUCUCUGACAAGACUUCUCUCAGUAAUUCCCUUUCCGAACUUAUAUUCACAUCAACUUAUUCAUGGCAGAAUGCAGAAAGGCCUUGUUCUGCCAAAGCUGCAAGGUAUAUUGCAUGGAUUUUGAACCCUAUCAGUGAAUCUCAUCAGGGUCUCUUAGUUAAUUAUUUGACUAAAGUAUCAGAGUCGUGGACUUGCAAUUGGUUCCACCCUAGUAUGUGCAAUGAGACAACCGACAGGAAGGAAAAUGGGAGACCUGAUUUACACAAUAAAGCAUCCGAUGUGCUGGAUAUUGGUGAGGUUUGGCUAUGGAUCCAGGAAUUUCAAGACACAUACAUUAGGUAUUGUAAAGAAGCUCUUGGCGUUUCAGCUUCCAGUAAAGUGCAAACAUGCAAAGAGUUCAGCAUUCUACGAAACCUGUUAUUUGGAAGGAUUCCGUUAGGCAUCUUGAUCGGUUACUGUAAUCAUUUAACUCCGGCAGGAUGUGAACUGUUUUUGCAUUAUGCUGCUACUGGAAAUGUCUCUCAAUUUGCUGAAACACAAAAUACUGGAUUGAAGCUAAGAAGCCAGAAAUGCAAUUGGCAAGAGGGUUCGGUUCCAUUGACUGAAAAUUAUACUAGAACAGAGGCUAUUGCAGGGACCCGAGUUGCCUUUGAAAUAAUAGAUGUAACUGAGACUUUGUCACAUUCUAUUGAGACUGAAGAGAAUGGAUUGGAUUUAAUCUGCCAAGUGAAAUCAAAGACUGGGAACUAUCUGGUCAAGUGUAUCAAGAGGCUACUUCAACUGAAAAUCGAUGAAGAUGAUGGUCUUCAAAUGAGGAGCGACCUUCUCACUAGACUGAUCAGAUGGAGAUGUCAAGGGAAAGAUGUUUUUCUGAAAAAUAAGGAUCUGAAUGACUUAGUCGAUGCUUUUAGUUUUUCACCGCCGUGCCUGUAAACUUUUGUGAAAGCCGAACCAAACGUACUGAUUUACAGUACAAUAUUUGGAAGAACUAAGAAAUCAAAGAAUUCUGCUGGCUUGACAAAACUUCAGUCCCAGGAAAGAAGACUGUAAUACAAUACAAAUAUAAAUAUGCAAAAGAUACUAAAAAUCCCUGCAUAUCCAGCUUACAGAAGGUUAGUCCUCAUCUUCAAACGUAAAUUAUUGUUGUUUCGAUGCCAUUAUGAUUGUCGUAAUUUGUAAAUGCAUUUUAAUUAAUAGUUAACCAUCGACAAACCUUGUCAAUUGUCCUAUUUUCCUAUCCAUGGUGAUGGCGCUUUGAUUUUG